GCGUCACUUCCUCCGCGGCCUCCGGCCGGGCUGCAGCGGCGGCGGCAGGCCAUGGUGGCCCUGGACGACCCAGAAGGCGGCCCCGAGGCUACCCCGAGCGCGGGCAGCAGGCUGUCCCUUCCCGGCGGCCUCCCGACCCUCAGCGGCUCACAGGCGAAGAGGGUCUCGGCCUCAAGACGCAAGCAACAUUUUAUCAACCAGGCCGUGCGGAAUUCGGACCUGGUGCCCAAGGCCAAGGGACGGAAGAGUCUACAGCGCUUGGAGAACACGCAGUACCUCCUAACUCUGCUCGAGACCUCUGGCGGCCCUCCCGGGGUGGAAGAUGGGGACCUGCCUCCUCCCGCAGCGCCUGGCAUCUUCGCAGAGGCCUGCAGCAAUGCCACCUAUGUGGAGGUCUGGAAUGAUUUUAUGAAUCGCUCGGGAGAGGAGCAAGAGCGAGUGCUCCGUUACUUGGAGGAUGAGGGCCAGGGCAAGCGGAGACGUGGGCCUGGCCGUGGGGAGGAUCGGCGGAGAGAGGACCCUGUCUUCACACCCCACGAGUGCUUCAGGCGCAUCAGCCGUCGCCUGCGCUCCGUCCUCAAGCGCAGCCGCAUCCCGAUGGAGACCCUGGAGAGCUGGGAGGAGCGUCUGCUGGCCUUCUUCUCCGUGUCCCCCCAAGCCGUGUACACCGCCAUGCUGGACAACAGCUACGAGCGGCUCCUGCUCCACGCCGUGUGCCAGUACAUGGACCUCAUCUCAGCCAGUGCUGACCUGGAGGGCCGGAGGCAGAUGAAGGUCAGCAACCGACACCUGGAUUUCCUGCCUCCAGAGCUUCUGUUGUCCGCCUACCUGGACCAGCAAUGACGGCAGAGCCCCUGCCGGCCGCCUUGCCCGGCCCACACCUCUGCCUGCUAAUAUCUUCCACUCUUCCUUCAGGUCUCCCCUUGCCCUUUUCGUGUCCCAGAUGGCACAGGGAGGCCUUGUAGCUCCCCACCCUGGGACUUGUAUGUGGGUGGGGAGACCUGCCCAGGCAUUUCCCUGUGCUUUCUCUGUUCAGCUUUCUUUGGCCCAGUCUGAAGCUCAGGCAAGGAGGAGCAGACUGCUUUCUCUUUUCCCUCCUAAUCAGUUUUAAUGAACUUGGCAUGUUUUGGGGUAGAUUUCUUUUAAAUUUCUCUUUUAAAUCGGGGAGGCCCAACCGGGACACCUAGUACCAUCUGGUAGUGGGCUCUGACCCCUCCAGGUUCCAGCUCUGAUGAGGGUGCUGGUCCUCUCGGACUCUGCUGACUCCCCCAGGGCACUUUGAGGUGUGUAUGUGUGUGUGUGUCCGUCCCUCUGUGUGUGUCUGUGUGUGCACAUGUAUGCACACCGUGUGCCCGGUGAACCUGGACAAGCUGCGUCUCAAGGGCUCAUUUUACGCUUUUUGUGGCAAUGUGUGUGUGUUGUCCCCAGCGCCCUGGGCCCUGCCUGCCUUUCGGGUCGUCCCUCUCCCCGCCCCCUGUCCUCACACCCGGGUCCAGGACUUCCAGCCAGAAGCCGCUGACCUUGUGUACGCGCCCCCUCCGCCCCUGCUGCCCGCCAUAGCUGUGGUCACUGAGAACUCCCGCGCUCCGCAGGCCGGGCCCGCCUUCCCCUUCCGUGUGAUUCUUCGUGCUUGGGGAAAGGGACGCUUUUAAUAAAGCCUUGGUGCUCGA